GGUGCUGAAGCACACAACCACCUCGAAAUUGCAUUGCUUGUGAGAAUGUUCCUUCGUGCUAUUACUCGAAAUUCAACCAACCCGAUCGGUGCUAGUACGAUGAGCCAGAGAAAUUUGUGCAGCAAGCUCAAUUUCCGACUGGAGGGGAAAGUUGCAGUGGUCACUGCAUCCACCGAUGGCAUCGGCUACGCCAUCGCGGAACGUCUGGGUCAGGAGGGAGCCAAAGUCGUCGUCAGUAGUCGCAAAGAACAGAAUGUAGCCAAGGCGGUGAAUGAGUUGACCAAGCGGGGUUUAGACGUCGUGGGGGUCAAGUGUCACGUUGCGAACGCCGACGACCGGAAGGCAUUGUUCGAAAAGGCUGUGGAAAAGUAUGGAGGAAUCGACAUUCUGGUUUCGAAUGCCGCUGUGAAUCCAGAAGUAGGUGGUGUUUUGGAUGCUAGCGAGGCUGCCUGGGAUAAAAUUUUCGAAGUGAAUGUGAAAUGUUCGUUCCUGUUGGCUAAGGAAGUUCUGCCCUACAUUCGUCAGAGAAAGAAUGGGAGCAUCGUGUUUGUAUCGUCGAUCGCUGGAUUCCAACCGUUUUCGCUACUUGGAGCUUACUCCGUGAGCAAGACUGCACUGUUUGGCUUAACCAAAGCUGCUAGUCAGGAUCUGGCUGCGGAGAACAUUCGUGUAAAUUGCAUCGCACCGGGAAUCGUUCAAACUAAAUUUGCUGCAGCCCUUCACGAAUCGGAAUCAGCUCGCGAAACGGCUCUGGCUCAGAUUCCCAUGGGACGAUUUGCCCAAUCGCCCGAGAUUGCUGGGGUUUGUGCCUUCUUGGUGUCGGACGAUGCCAGUUACAUCACCGGGGAAACGAUAGUGGCUUCUGGAGGAAUGCCGUCCCGUCUUUGAAUUAUAUAUAUAUAUAUAUAUAUAUAUA